GCAGGCAGCAGAGUUCAUAGUAAUUUCCGAGUUGGCUGCAACGAAAAAACGCCAUAUUAUUAUCAGUAAUCAAGAUCCAACCGAAUUCGUUUUCGGUAAUCACACAAAAAAUAUACUUAGUUCCCAACAAUAACAAACUGGCUUUGACCUCGCAUGAAUCCUCACCACAGUCCAUACAUUUUUAAACAUUGAUAUUUUUAUGUUUGAAACCUUCUUAUAUUAACAACUGCGUUUGACGGAAACAUACAGAACACAGAGCAGUUGCAUCGUCGGCACCGAAACGCAACACGUGGUCAAACAAAGUUACAAUUUUUCUAUGUGUAUUUUAAUUGAAGUUGGAAUUUAAAAAAAUCAUGUUGUACGUAAUCGGUCUUGGGCUCGGAGACGCGACCGAUGUCACAGUCAAAGGACUUGAAAUAAUCAAAAAGUGUCAACGUGUUUAUUUGGAAUCUUAUACAUCGAUUUUGACAGUAGGACCGCAAGUUUUGGAAAAAUUUUAUGGACGAUCCGUCAUUGUUGCGGAUCGAGAACUUGUAGAAAGUGGCGCUGAAGAAAUUCUGUCUGGUGCUGAGAAGGAAGAUAUAGGAUUUUUAGUUAUCGGAGAUCCAUUCGGGGCAACCACUCAUACAGAUUUGGUGCUGAGAGCUCGAGAACGGGGCGUGAAAGUUCAGAUUGUUCACAAUGCUUCGAUAAUAAAUGCUGUUGGCUGUUGUGGUCUCCAGUUAUAUUCUUAUGGAGAAACAAUUUCUAUACCUUAUUGGACCGAUACAUGGCAGCCUGAAAGUUUUUAUGAAAAAAUAGCUGGCAAUAGAGUGCGAGGUCUUCACACUCUUUGUCUUCUUGAUAUUAAAGUCAAAGAGCCGACUCUUGAAAGCCUUUGUAAAAAAAAGAAGGAAUACAUGCCUCCAAAAUUCAUGAGUGUAUCCGAAGCUGCGGAUCAAUUGACUCACAUAAUCGAUAAGAAAAUCGAGAGGAAAGAGAAAGUUGCAUUUGACGAAAAGAGCCUCGUCGUUGGAUUAGCUCGCGUUGGAUCGGAGAAUCAACGUAUAGUCGCGUGUAGCCUCAAAGAAAUGCGCAACGUUGACCUAGGCCCUCCGCUCCAUUGUCUUGUAAUACCAGCUGAAACUCUGCACCCCUUGGAAUACGAAUAUUUGAUUCAGUAUGCCGAAAAUUCUGAAGAAUUUGCUGAACAAGUGAAACGUUCGUAAAUUGCUUAACCGAUGAAAGAAUUUCUUCUACAGCAAAUAUCAAUAAAAAAAAAGAAAAAGAAAAACAGAAUUUAGCUCUAAAGUACCCAAAUCUAUCCAGUAUCUUUUGCAAUGUCCUCUAUCAAAACUUUUGCAAAAUUAUAAUAAUUAUAAAAACACUGCGAUCGCGAUAAAUACAUCAAGAUCGUAUCCA